UGGCCUAUAUAGUUCAAUAGUACAAGCCAUUUUAGUUCAUGUUCUGUGCUCUCUCUUUCCAAAUUUGGUCUCUCUCUCUCUCUCUCUCUCUCUCUCUCUCUCACACACACACACACACAAAUCAAACAGUGUGCAAUGGCACCCAUGAGUCUUCCUCCAGGUUUUAGGUUCCAUCCAACAGAUGAGGAGCUUGUUGCUUACUAUCUACAUCGAAAAAUUAAUGGCGGCACGAUUGAGCUUGAAAUUAUCCCAGAAGUUGAUCUCUACAAAUGUGAACCAUGGGAUUUACCAGAGAAAUCAUUUUUACCAAGCAAAGAUAUGGAGUGGUAUUUUUAUAGUCCAAGGGAUAGAAAGUACCCUAAUGGAUCAAGAACCAACCGAGCAACACGAGCCGGUUACUGGAAAGCCACUGGUAAAGACAGGCCAGUGCACUCUCAUAAGCACCCAGUUGGCAUGAAGAAGACUUUGGUGUAUUAUAGAGGUAGAGCUCCCCAUGGCAUCAGAACUAACUGGGUGAUGCAUGAGUACCGCCUUAUCGACUCCAUGUGUAGCAGUUCUGCAUCAUCAAGUUUGAAGGACUCUUAUGCAUUAUGUCGCAUUUUCAAGAAAACAAUACAGAUUCCCAAAGCCAAAGAAAAAGAACAGACUGAUAAUUUAGAGAAUGGUAAUUCAGUCUCAGCCUUGGAUGAACAAUUAUUGGGGAAUGAUACAAGUGGACCUGAAACUUUCCAAGGGAGAGAAGCAGAGGAUGAGAAUUUCAUUCAAGACUCUAAGUUUCCAUCAGACACUUCCUCUUCAGAUCUCACUCAAGGCACACCUGCUGAAACUGGCAUAGCUGAUGAUUUACAAGCUCCAUUUGCUUCAGAUGAAGCAAAUAGUGCUGCUAAUUUGUAUUCUCUUGGUGUGGACUACCCCUCAAAUCUAAUUCAGGAUAUGCAGAUACAAAGUUACACAAGUUUGGAUUAUCAACUUCCUUACCCACCUUUAGAACUUGAAGAUUUUCCACAGAUAAAUUUAACAGAGACGAAGCCUGUGAAACCUGAAAUCAUCGACGAAUACAUGUCAUAUGACAAGAUCCGGGAUUGUAUGAAUGGAACAUUAGAAGAAAUUUUCUCUUUAUGUUCCUCUUUAGACAACCCUGUUGCCCUUUCCUUGCAAGAGUGAGUAAACUAACUAAUAUGACAUCCGCAAAUAUUGUAUUACUAAAAUUCAUUGACACAAAGGUAGAAUAUUGUGUUCGGAUAAAAUAACCAAAAAUGGGGGAUUAUUUUGCCAACCAUGAAGAUGAUAUGGAUCGAUAUAUCAUGUACUACACUAUAGAAUGAUGACUGAAGGCAUAUAUAUGAGUAUUUUUCUUUUCUUUUUUCUUUUCCCUUUUCUUAUUGUUUUCUUCAUUUUUCCCUAUUACACAUUGGUGUUGGAAUAUCUUGUGAGUUUUGGAAAAGAAAUGAAAAGGCUAAUUUGUAAUGGUGUCGGUUCAUCUGAAUUAAAUACAUGUAUCCUUUUUGUAUGAACAUUAUUAUGAUCGAUAUAUCAUGUACUACACUAUAGAAUGAUG